GAUUUAGCCCCUUCUUUUAGACACGUUUUGUUGAAAUUUACUCGUAAUAUUUAUAUUUCCAGCUGAUAUUUCGACAGAAUGAGCUCUCUACAGGAAGCUCCUAAAGAGAUCUACAACUUGUAUUUGCAAACGGCUUCAAAUAUCGUGACUUAUUUCGAAGAUGAGUCACAAGAAGAAAGAUUGAAAGAAUUAACAGACCUAGCAGAGGUCAGCUCUAAGCUAGAUUUAAAACUGAAGAAAUCGUGUGAAAUUUUAGAACGCUUAUCCGCACCACAAGAUGAUUUCAAUGGAAAUCAGGAAAUAAUUGAUCAUGCGGAAACACUGGAGCAAUUUACCCAUGAAAUAGCUGGCAUUGACACAGAUGUUUCUAAGCACAAGAAAUUUCAGGAUUUUCAACGACAAGUUCAAGUUCUCAUAGAAAAUACAAGAUUGAAUAACGCAGCCAAUGUGAAUGAUGACGAAUUGGUGCUUACUCAAAAUGAUAUAAACGUCAUCGAUCCCAUCACUAAGAGGCGAAUAAACGAUCCUGUCAGAAACACAGUUUGUGGUCAUGUUUAUGAUCGCGGAAGUGUUGAAGCUUUGUUAAAAGCAAAUAAACAAACAAGAUGCCCAGUUGCCGGUUGUGGAAAUAAAAAUUACCUACAGCUGGACAAUCUUCAGACGGAUAUUCUUACCAAACGAUAUUUAGACCGAAAUCCUGAUACGGACUGAUGCGUACUGAUAGAACUAAAUUAGU